CAGGUUGAGCGGGCGGGCGGAGAGCGCAGAGCUGCCGAGCCAGCCAGCGAGCGAGCUAGCGGGAGCUGGAACGCCGCGCCCCCGGCUCCUCUCCGUUUUUCUCCGCGCCAGAGCCGGGCGCGCAAGGUAGGGUAAGCCUGGUGGUGCCGCGGCCGCCACCGACCUUAUCGAUCCUGAUCCCACGUCCUGGGGUCCCACGGGCCCUCGAGUUCUGGGGCUCCUGGGGCUGGGACUGGCCAGGUCGUCCAGACAACGCUUGCCAGGAGCUCCGGGAAGCGGGAAGACAGCCCUAGACGUCCCGCCUUUCUUCCCCAAAGAACGCACGCCCUGCGUCUCGAUCCCUCGUUCUUCCUGCCCCUCCAUCCUUUGGUCAGUCUUUCUGUCUGUGCCUCUGUCUUUGUCUCAGCCUCUCAGGCUCCAUCGCUCCCUCCCUGAAUUUUGUGGCCCAGGUCCCCAGGCUGCCCCCUUCUAGGGUUCUCUCUCCCUUCAGGAUUGUGUCCCUUAUUGGAGCUUUGGUUCCAGCCACCCCUGUGGGAGGAUCGUGGUCUUGACCAGUUUGGGCCUCAGCCCCCAUCUGGGUCCGUGUCCCCAUCUGUGUUGGUCUUCAUGCUUACCUCUCUCUCCUGUUUGCCUGCUUGAGCUGCUUCUUUCUGGGUAUGCACAGGAUCGCAGUUCUCCUGGCCUAGCCCCAGUGGCAGAUUAACCCUGGGGAGUUGAGGGGGCAAAGUGAACAGCCCCAGUCUCUGUGGCCAGGAUAUCGGGUCCUUCAACUAGUUCUGCCCUUCUUCAGGCUCAGUUUCCCUCUGCUAGCCUUCCCAAGCCUGUGUGAUUGUGAGAGCCUGUGUGGGAUGGGUGUCUGGGAGGGCAGCUGGGGCACAAAUAUAGGGUGCAGAGUGGGAGAGGGAGGCAGGGUCUCUGAGGGCCAGGAUGGACCGGGCCCUGAGACCAAGGAUGGGGAGACUGGAGAUGGUGACUUUCUCUGCUUGGUUCUGAGCUGAAGAGAAAGCGAAAGCAAAAAGUCUCAAACGGCAGUCUACCUAGUGCUAGGGUGUCCAAAAUCUCACCUUGAGCCCUGUUUUGAGAUUUUGACCGGAUGGACUGCCCCCCCACCCCUGACACACACAUACACUCACAUCUACUUUCCCUGUUGACUUUAGGACCUGUGGUCACUUCGGUGUCCCUCCCUAGGGCCAGCCUCUCUACCUUGCUAUCUAACUUCCAAAGCCUAGAGUCUCUAUUACUUCCCCAGUCAGGGGGCGUUGGGGAUGGCUUUUUAAGAACGAGAGGCUGGGAAACUUGGGUGCUCACCUGGGCUUCAGUUUCCCUAGAGGUUGGAGACUAACUACCCUGUAGAGACUCUUCCUUCCCUCUUCCCUGGUGGGUUCUCAGCCAGCAAUGGCUCCUCUCUGGAAAUCCAAGGCUCAGGAUAGGGACUGGACUCCCAAAUUUGUAACUGUGACCUUCUGCUGCAAAGCUGUUGACUUUGGGGUCCCGGGAGGCUUGUGCAGGGUGUUAGACAUUCUUCUGGGUCUUCUGUUUUCUGUUUGGGCCUCUACUCUCUGUAAUCCUCCAUCUCUGCUAAAUUUGGUAUGGGCACAGAGCCCAUCUCCAGCCCCACAUCUGGGCAGGGCUGAGAGACAGGCCAAAGGGGUGUCCCAGGAGUUUCUCAUCCUACUUAGGGGCACCACCUCUCCCUGGCUCCUCAGUCCCUGGGAAAGGAGUUUGAGGGAGGCAGCGUCAGAAGGGGUAGCCACUCUCAGGUUCCACUGUUCCCUACCUGUUUGUCUGUCUGUCUGUCUCUCUCUCUCUGCAGGAGCUGGGUCCCUCCUCAUCCUUUUCCUGUCUGUCCUUUCCUGGUCUAUUUACACCUCUCUUUGCCUUUGCUGCUUCUGCCCUCACCCCCUGGAGGCCCAGGUCUGCUGGACCCAUCUAUCCCCUUUGGGGCCAUGGGAUCACUGCUUGGGUUCCUGGCUCUGCUGCUGCUGUGGGGCGCUGUGGCUGAGGGCCCAGCCAAGAAGGUGCUGACCCUGGAGGGGGACCUGAUUCUGGGUGGGCUGUUUCCGGUACACCAGAAGGGCGGCCCAGCAGAGGAGUGUGGUCCUGUCAAUGAACAUCGCGGCAUCCAGCGCCUGGAGGCCAUGCUUUUUGCGCUGGAUCGUAUCAACCAUGACCCGAGCCUGCUGCCGGGCGUGCGCCUGGGUGCGCACAUACUCGACAGUUGCUCCAAGGACACACAUGCCCUGGAGCAGGCACUUGACUUCGUGCGUGCAUCACUCAGCCAUGGUGCCGAUGGCUCACGCCACGUUUGCCCUGAUGGUUCUUAUGCCACCCAUAGUGAUGCUCCCACUGCAAUCACUGGUGUCAUUGGCGGCUCCUACAGCGAUGUCUCCAUCCAGGUGGCCAACCUCCUGCGGCUAUUUCAGAUCCCUCAGAUCAGCUAUGCAUCCACCAGUGCCAAGCUGAGUGACAAGUCCCGCUAUGAUUACUUUGCCCGCACGGUGCCCCCUGACUUCUUCCAAGCCAAAGCCAUGGCUGAGAUUCUCCGCUUCUUCAACUGGACCUACGUGUCCACUGUGGCAUCCGAGGGCGACUACGGCGAGACAGGCAUCGAAGCGUUUGAGCUAGAGGCCCGUGCCCGCAACAUCUGUGUGGCCACCUCAGAGAAGGUGGGCCGUGCUAUGAGCCGCACAGCCUUCGAGGGCGUGGUGCGAGCCCUGCUGCAGAAACCCAGUGCCCGCGUGGCUGUCCUGUUCACCCGUUCUGAGGACGCCCGCGAGCUCCUCGCUGCCACCCAGCGUCUCAAUGCCAGCUUCACCUGGGUGGCCAGCGAUGGCUGGGGGGCCCUGGAGAGUGUGGUGGCAGGUAGCGAGCGUGCUGCUGAAGGUGCCAUCACCAUAGAGCUGGCUUCCUACCCCAUCAGCGACUUUGCCUCCUACUUCCGGAGCCUGGACCCGUGGAAUAACAGCCGGAACCCCUGGUUUCGCGAGUUCUGGGAGCAGAGGUUCCGCUGCAGCUUCCGGCAGAGAGACUGUGCAGCCCACUCCCUGCAGGCUGUGCCCUUUGAGCAAGAGUCCAAGAUCAUGUUUGUGGUCAAUGCGGUGUAUGCCAUGGCCCACGCACUGCACAACAUGCAUCGCGCCCUCUGCCCCAACACCACCCACCUCUGUGAUGCAAUGCGGCCUGUCAAUGGGCGCCGCCUCUACAAAGACUUCGUGCUCAACGUCAAGUUCGAUGCCCCCUUCCGCCCAGCUGACACCCACAGUGAGGUCCGCUUCGACCGCUUUGGGGAUGGUAUUGGUCGCUACAAUAUCUUCACCUAUCUGCGGGCAGGCAGUGGGCGCUAUCGCUACCAGAAGGUGGGCUACUGGGCAGAAGGCCUGACCCUGGACACCAGCCUCAUCCCAUGGGCCUCCCUCUCAGCCGGGCCCCUGCCCGCCUCUCGCUGCAGUGAGCCCUGCCUCCAGAAUGAGGUGAAAAGCAUGCAGCCGGGGGAGGUCUGCUGCUGGCUCUGCAUCCCCUGCCAGCCCUACGAGUACCGGCUGGAUGAGUUCACCUGUGCUGACUGUGGCCUGGGCUACUGGCCCAAUGCCAGCCUGACUGGCUGCUUUGAGCUGCCCCAGGAGUACAUCCGCUGGGGCGAUGCCUGGGCCGUGGGACCUGUCACCAUCGCCUGCCUAGGCGCCCUGGCCACCCUCUUUGUACUGGGCGUCUUCGUGCGGCACAAUGCUACCCCAGUGGUCAAGGCCUCUGGCCGGGAGCUCUGCUACAUCCUGCUGGGUGGUGUCUUCCUCUGCUACUGCAUGACCUUCGUCUUCAUUGCCAAGCCAUCCACAGUGGUGUGCACCUUACGGCGCCUCGGUUUGGGCACUGCCUUCUCCGUCUGCUACUCGGCCCUGCUCACCAAGACCAACCGCAUUGCGCGCAUCUUCGGUGGGGCCCGGGAGGGAGCCCAGCGGCCACGCUUCAUCAGCCCUGCCUCUCAGGUGGCCAUCUGUCUGGCCCUUAUCUCGGGCCAGCUGCUCAUUGUGGCUGCCUGGCUGGUGGUGGAGGCACCAGGCACGGGCAAGGAGACAGCCCCCGAGCGGCGGGAGGUAGUGACAUUGCGCUGCAACCACCGCGAUGCAAGCAUGCUGGGCUCGCUGGCCUACAAUGUGCUCCUCAUUGCGCUCUGCACACUCUAUGCCUUCAAGACCCGCAAGUGCCCUGAAAACUUCAAUGAGGCCAAGUUCAUCGGCUUCACCAUGUACACCACCUGCAUCAUCUGGCUGGCCUUCCUGCCCAUCUUCUAUGUCACCUCCAGUGACUACCGGGUGCAGACCACCACCAUGUGCGUGUCAGUCAGCCUCAGCAGCUCUGUGGUACUCGGCUGUCUCUUCGCGCCCAAGCUGCACAUCAUCCUGUUCCAGCCACAGAAGAACGUGGUUAGCCACCGCGCACCCACCAGCCGCUUCAGCAGUGCAGCUGCCAGAGCCAGCUCCAGCCUCGGCCAAGGGUCUGGCUCCCAGUUUGUCCCCACUGUUUGCAACGGCCGCGAGGUGGUGGACUCAACAACAUCAUCGCUUUGAGGAUUCCCACACACCUGCCCCGACACAGCUGCUCCCCAGAAGCUGGUGCAGACCCGUGUCCAGGGCCAGGAGGAAGAUGGCUGGAGCACUGCAAUAAUGCCAACCCCAUGCCCACCCCCAACGCCACUUACCAACCUAUUCACUCCAACCCUCAGAGUCAGAAGUCAGGGUCCUUGGUCUGGGAGCCUCUAUAACGACCACCAACUGCCCUGGCAGCUGUGUCCCCUCCUUGCCAGGCGCAGGACUUGGAAGGGAGCAAGCCAGGGUCCACUCUGCACUGGAACCGGAUGGCUGAGGACUGAAGGCCCCAAUCCCCAAUCAACAAAGGUGCUUCCAGCCCUGUCCCUCCCUCCUUCUAGGGCCUUUUAAAAUUUUUAUAUGUUAUUCUGGGAUGGGGAGGGGGGUCAAAAUGGGGGCUGUCGCUCCCCCCCGCACAGUAGUUUGUCCUGUGGUUUAUUUUGUAUUAUCUGUAAAU